AUUUUUUAUUAGUACAUUACAAAAGUACAAGAAUAUAUAAUAUAUAUAUAUUAUUACGUCAUUAUUUACUGUGAUGACAUCAUAGUAUUGUUACUUCCUACAAAUUCAUUGUCAAAUGAUGAAAUAUGAAUAGUGUGUGCGAGAUAUGUGUAUUUUAAUUGAAUGGUUUUUGACGAGAAUUUGAAAAUGGCUCAUCCCGUAAGCGUUGUACAGGCCUUAGUAAAGAAAUAUGGCGAAGAAAAUUGUAUUGUCGAUGAUUUUGUGCACAUUGACUUGUCGUCAAAAACGAAAGAAAAGACGAAAGACCAUGCAUCCAUUCCUCAUGAAAGACGAAGAGUUAUAAAUCUGGCCAACAGCUCGAUAUCAAUAGCUGGUCCACCUGGAGAAAUUGAAUGUAUUUGUCCUUUUGUAACUGAACUAGAUCUCACAGAAAAUGCUGUUAAGAGCUGGAAUGAGGUGAUGAAAAUCUUGGUGCAAUUAAAGAGUCUGGAAUUUCUAAAUCUAUGUGGAAAUCCACUUGGUAACACCAUAUACAAUACUUUAACACAACCACAAAUAAAAUUUUCUAUUGUUCCAACCUUGUUGCAACAUUUUCCAAACCUUGUUGAACUUUAUCUUUGUAUGAAUAGUUAUUGCAUCAUUCCAGAAGAAAAAAAGACUUGUGAAAGUGUUAAAAGACUACACUUUAAUGGCAAUUAUAUUGAAGAUUGGGCAGAGGUGGAAAAAUUAGGAAAAAUAUUUCCCAAUCUUGAAACACUUAUAAUAAUGGAGAAUCCUCUUUCAAACAUUGAGAGGAAAGAUGGGCAAAAUAGUUACACUCGGUUGAAAUCUCUUUCGUUAACGAAAACAAAUUUGAACUCUUGGGAGGAUAUUGAUAACUUGAAGAAAUUUUUGAUACUGGAUGAAGUGAAAUUGUUUGACAUCCCUUUGUUGAUGGAUUAUGAUAAGGAAGAAUUCCGUAGACUGUUAGUUGCUAGGCUACCAACGAUCAAUGUCCUAAACGGUACUCCAGUUUCUGAAGAAGAGCGGGAAAAUGCUGAGCGACAUUUUAUUCGUAAAUAUCUUGAAUCACAGGAACAGCCAAUGAGAUAUUUCGAGCUUGUGACGAAACAUGGAGUUCUUGCUCCUCUAGCCAAUGUACACAUGAAUGCAGUUGCAAAACUUGCGACUGUCUUAAUGCAUAUCACGGGCCAUACACCUCGUCUUGAAAAAAUAUGCUUAGAAAAAACUACAUCUCGUUUCAAAAAAGAUUUGUCAAGCAGGCUUAAUAUCCCUACAAGUCAAAUUUCUCUCUACUAUCAAGACAAAGCUUCCAAUCAAGGUACCGAGCGGAUGAUUUAUAGCCAGAGACCAUUGUAUCGAUAUGGAAUUAAAGAAGGAGAUGAUAUCUUUGUCGAUAUUGAUACAAACCGUGUUUGAUUUAACUUUGAUAAAUGACUACAUGGAGGCUUGCUGAAAGUUCAGUGAAAAUCGGCGAAUAAUGUCGUUCAUUGAGGAGUGAGGACGUCAAAAAAGAUGAGAUCAUUUGACGGACAAACUCACGUUAAACUCUAGCUAACUAGAGUAAAAAACCGGUAGGUUUAAUGGUUAAACAUACUUUUGAACACGCGUUUUUUCAGGGUGUGGCCGGAACUGCACAUACACUCGUAAAAUGUGUGCAAUGUACAAAGCCUGUAUACUGGAGGUCAGAAGGUGAAAUGGAAACUCAACAUUACCUAAUGAAGUAAAAAUAAUUGAAAUUUUGUCUCUGUGAAAACGCUUGCUUGGCAUUGCUCUGCUGUGACAACUGAUGAUAAUAACAAACUCAACAGUUUUUAAAUUAUAUAUGGCAUUGGAUAAACUAAUGAGACUAUCACACAUAGAAUGACAUACAUUACAAUGACAUCACAAAGCGAGCUUUAUCAUCUGUCUGUGAUAUCAUUGACAAAGUUAUCCACCGAAACACAGACCAUUCUAAUAACUUAGCUGCUCACUUUCCUUUUUAUAAGAGAACGACCAAGAAGAAAUGAAUGUAUCGUAAAAUUCUAGAAAACCGUAGAAUCGAACCUGUGGUAUAAACUCCACAAGUUCGGAUCUACGGGUUGCCAGAUUUCACACGUCUUUUUGGUUAAUAUAAUUUUCAACUAUUCUCAAAAUUACAUGUAAAUAUACGCUUAAGUUUCAUUAUACUGAGCCUUAUAUUUAA